CUACACAACUACCUUGGAAUACAGAAAAUUAGUUUUCUACUGCAAAAACACAACUUUGUUUCUCACACGCUGACUGCAUCUAUUUUCUUGUUGGAAGAGGGGGAGAGAGUUGUGAAACUGAUCUUGCGAUCAUCAGUAGCUCUAAACAAAACUAAGUGUAGGAUGGACACAAAAUAUGAGAUUCUGAUCCAGACUAUAGCCAGGUUUUGCUGCAAGAGGUAAAACGAACUACUGCUGGUGUCUCCUGGUUUUGCCAUUCUAUAGGUUGUAAGAGAUGCUGGGGAAAAAUUGUCUGUCUGUGAUGAUUCAUGUAGUUCUUGCUCUGUGUUACUUGUGUUACUUCUGCUGUAAAGUAGUAGCUGUGAUUCUUAUAACUUGUCUUUAUUUUUUCCCUCUUUCCCUCUCUACCACCGAUCAGUAUGACUUCUCCCUGGAAAAGAAAACAAUCGAGUGGGCUGAAGAUAUCAAAAAAAUUCAAGCUGUCCAGAAAGGAGCUGAACGAAAGGCAGAAGAAGCAAUAGGAAACUCAAAAGCAGCCCCAGAGGACAGCAACAGACUGGGGUUCUCAGAGGGACCUUGCCCUGAGUCCAUGCCUCCUCCUAUUAACCCCAUCCUCGCUGGUCUGCAGCACAAUAACAUUCUUACUCCCACACCAGCCGACAGCAGUGCUGUGAAGCAAAAAGUUCUUAGUCCACCUCGCCCCAAAGCAGACUUCAAUCCAGCUGAUUUUGAAAGUGAAGAAGACCCAUUUGACAAACUGGAAUUAAAAACUAUCGAUGAUAAGGAGGAGUUAAAAAACAUUCUGGAAAUCCAUGUCGGUACUACUGGGCCGGUUGUUGCCCAGCUGUUAGAUAGCAGUUUGCCCAAAGGAGGGUCUGAGUCUGUGUUGCAAGAUCAGGAGGUUCUGGCAUCCAUAGAAAGGGCCACGUUGGACUUCAAGCCCCUUCACAAACCCAAUGGCUUUAUCACUUUACCGCAGUUGGGAAACUGUGAAAAGAUGUCCUUGUCUUCCAAAGUGUCCCUGUCCCCUAUCACUUCAGUGAGCAAUAUCAAAUCCCUAUCCUUUCCUAAACUUGACUCCGAUGAGAGUGAUCAAAAAUCACCAAAGCUCAUGAACACUUUUCACAGCACUACCUGUCUCCACAACAGCACUUUUCUCAGCUCUUUGCAGGCCUGUGCUCAGGCUAAAGCUAGCGAACUGAACGGACACCAUGUGGUUGGUCUGUCUGCUUUAAACGAGGACAGUGGCAUGGAGACAUUAACGUUAUCCUCUUCAACCAGGCUGCCUUCCCUGGCUGUGUCAACAGUUUGUACAGAAGAAGAAUUGUCUCAAAGCACAGUGACCACGGUCCCAGUGGCUGGAAACGGACAGCAGAGUUGCAAGAAGUUGAAGUAUAGGCAAGGACCGUAACAAAAAUCCUCAGAGUAUGAAAAGGAUAGAGAAGGAAAUCAGAGUAACCCAUGUGGCCGACGGAAGGAGGACACAAUCCUCCUACUGCAAGAUUGCAUGAGAAGAAGCCUGGUGAUUUUAUAAAGCUUCAAUACACUUCUGUCCCAGUAUGUUGCACAGUGCUGUUUACAUACACAUUUUCCCUCACAAGUUCAGAAAUCAUAACUUUGGAUUUGGAGUUACCACUGAAGCAUGUUUUACCAGUAAAUUGGAUCUAAGGUUUUUUUGGAUGCAAAUAAACUUGUGAUUUCUCUGCUGCACUGAUUCACAG